UAUUGCAGUGGUAUUAUUUUUUUCAUAUAAUCAUUAUAUCAACCAGUUGAUAUUAUCUCUGCAUAGUACAGUAAUUUUUCAUUACUUUGGAUUUUUAUCAUUAAAAAUAUCAUUAACUAAUAUCUGUGAAGUAUGAGAUUGCCUUGCCUUAGUGGCAACUUUAAAAUAAGUCUACACUCUUAAUACAACUCUGGGUAAAAACAGCCCAAAACGAUUUUAGGAAAGAAAAUUAGCGUGAAAUUUUUGUUUGCAUAAAAUAUUUAAGAUUGUUAGAAAACCCAUAAACUAAGUUCGUUAAAAGAACGUUAGUGAGUUUAUACAACUGUAGACCAAAUAUAAAUAAGUCUCGAGACCGUUACUUUUUCUCUUUUCACCGCUUUACUUUGCGUUGCAUUUAGUGCAAAUCAACGGCUGUGUUAUUGGUUUUUUUUUGCAAUUGGCAAACAUCAAUUAGCGGAGUACCACAUAGUAGCCAUCGCAGACUAAUCGAAGUAGAAAGGAAAAAGUAACAAAUUAAACGAGAAAAGAGUUAAUAAAUUUUACAGCAAUUUAAAUAUAUUUAAAGAUAUGAGCACCGGGGAAGAUUCCAGCCUACCGUCAACACCACCAGAAGUCCCUGAUGCUCAAGAUCAGGCCAAUCCCCGAGAACUAGAGAAAAUAGAAGAAGAAAAAUUAAAGUCAAAGUAUCCAUCUGGUUUGCGUGGCCCUGGGGGUCAUUCGGCUUUUCUUCAAAAGCGGUUACAGAAAGGUCAAAAAUUCUUCGACUCUGGUGAUUACCAAAUGGCAAAGCAAAAAGGUGGUGGAGUAAAGCAAGUGUUUGCCAAUAAAGUGGCAACUGGUGAAGCAAUACCUACUCCGGAAACGGUGCCUGCACGUAAAACAUCGAUAAUACAGCCUUGUACUAAGUUCCCCACGACGAGUUAAAAAAUUUUUGGACUAGUAGUAUUUAUCCUUAUAGGAGAAAAUAUUACUCUAUUUUGUCAAAACAAGUAUAUUCUAUUUUAAAACUUACUUAUCCAUAUUACUCACCAGUUUUCUCAAACUUAACUUAUGAAUAAUAUCUAUUAAUUGAUUCCUAAAUAACAUAUUUCAAUUUAAAAACUACCUUUGUUUAAUAUUGGUAUGAAUUAUUUAAAAUUUAUCUUUUAAUUUGUAGAAUGUUUGGUGUAAUACUUUCAUUAUUUGUGUUGCUGAAAAAUAUUUAAAUAAUUUAAUCAAGGGGUAGUUUUGAGUUUCAGUUUACAACUAAUCAUUUAUCAAACAUUUUUUGUAAUGUAAUUUAUAGGCGUGUUUAAAAUUACACCUUAGUAAGAUACUUCGUUUCAUUUGCUGUAAACUGAAAUCUGAAGAUACGUAAUAAAUAAUUUUUGAAAUAAAA